AUGGAGAAUCACAGAGAUGACAGGUGUAGAGGUGUGGAAGAGGAUGGCUCUGAUGAAGUUUGGCCGGCUGCAGUCAUUCCUGACGGCUUGGAAUCCGAGAUAGAUCCCGGAGCCCGGAGCUUAGACGUUUGCAUUUUUGCAGCGGCGGUGUUCGCACCGCACUUCGUUUCCGCGACCCAGUGCAGUUGGAGCGCGACUGCUUUAAGUGCCCUCGGUGUGGUUCUCUUGCAAGACCCAAUGCCGCUUAGCAUGCAAGGGCUGCACACCAGACUCACCCUGGUCAUUAUCGAGCGCAGACGUGACUGCAGCAAGGCAUCCAAAGAUGCCAUCGCUCGAGGCGACCAGUACAAUCGGUGGCUGUGGGCGCUGCAGGAAAAACAUGCUGCCAUCGUGGUCAUCGAGUGUGGAGGGGGACUCGCGAUUCCCAGUGUCCGUGUUCAGGGAGAGGAUGCAGUGGAUGGAGCGGGCAAAGGAUCCCGUCUGAUACGGAUAAAUCCGACCCACUGCAAGGUGCCACCAACAACUGGAAUCGGCAUUCCAAUGGGCAGCAUGGAAGGCAGCUCGGAAGCCAUCUCCAAAGCCGCGCAAAGCGCCCAUCAAGUGAGCGGCAAAGCACCGCCCAUGGCCGGCUGCCUUCUGCGUUGCCAGGCAUGUCCGAAGGGCUCGGCCAUGCAGUGGCCUGUGACCGUUGUCGAGCUGGCUGCCACCGAUCCACGCCCACAGGCCUUCUUGCUUUUGCAGCGCCGGUCAGUUCUGCAGUCAGGCGAAUUUCAGGACGCGCUGCUGUCCUGGGCAGCAGAGUUGAGAGGAGCAGAGCGUCAGCAGCGCAUCCGAGAUGCUGCAGCAUGGCUCCAGCCUGAGCGUGUCAAGACUUCUGGAAAUGCAAGCAGGCUCUAUCAGAGUGAUCAGCAAAAGGUGGCGGAGACUUUGUUGGAGAGGCUGUUGCUGCAGCCUGAUUCUCCCAGUGAUACGGGGGAUGAUGUGGUCGAGGAGGCCCCAGGAAAGAGCGUUAAUGAUACCUUUGCUCUGGCUGAACAGCGGCUGGGCAAGCCGAGGGCCUGUCUAACAUGGAUCCGGAGCCUCACAGCAUCUCAAAACGCGCAGUGCGCAUAUGCGGAAGCAGGAGACACAGGGGAGACAGAAGGUGCGGUCUGUGCACUUCGAGUCAGCCCUUCCUUGACCGGCCGGAACCAGGAAGUUCUGACAGAGCAAAUGACCACCUCCAGCAUUGAUACUCGACCUCCUUUCUCGUGGCCGCAAGUCGAAUUGGUGGCACAAAGAUUUGGCGACUUCCAGCUUGAAAAGUCAUUACCCUCUGAACGAGAUCUCAAUUUCUUGCUCAGGCCAGCGCAAAUUGCCGAGGGUGAGCGAGUGGUCUUCAAGGUGCACAAUCCGGAGGACUCAAGGGACUUUGUGGAAUGUCAGUGCCUUGCCCUGGAACAUGCGGCAGAGCGAGGUGCGAGCUGCCAGCGUCUGUUGCGAUCUCAAGACACCCGAGAAGCGCUUCUAUCACUGGAUUUGCCCGGAGGAAAGGGCACUUGUUUCUGCAGGGCCUUGUCUUUUCUGCCAGGGCAGAUGCUUGCAGACGCGGCCCAGGCGGCAGACUCUGCCAAGCUGGGCUCGCUUUUCGCGGCCGUUGGUGAGGCUGUUGGAAGCGUCACUGCUGCCCUUUUGGAGUUCAACCACGCGGCAGCAACUCGUGAGUUUGUGUGGGAUCUGCAGCGGUGCUUUCAAGUGGUGGAGUCGCACGUCGUGGAUGUCAAGGAGGAGCAACGGGAUUUGGUCCAGAGAGUAUUGGAAGCUCAGCGCCUGCAGCUGACAUCUUUGCUGCCGAAGCUCCGUCGCAUGAGGAUCCAUUGUCCACAAUGA